AUGCAGACAAAACAAACAGUGAACAAAUAGAUAUACCCGGUAUACUGGUUGGAGUUAAGGCAACUAACAUUCGUGGCCUACCAAGAUAUGCCAUCCACGCCGGCUAACUUGAAAAACCAGAUAUUUCGUUCUGAUUGGCAUUGGCAAUGUUUGUAUUGGCCACAACGAAAAAGACAUUAUGUUUUAAACCAAUAGCCUGCCGAUUUUUAAAGGGAAGUUGAUAUGCGUAUCCAGUAUAUAAGGUUUAGUUGUGAUGAGAGCAUAUAGGUGAAAGCUCAUUGUCCCUCUAAAAGUUGGCCACCUCCGCUAGAAAGAGCACCGGAAAUGGUGGCCAAAGAUAGCAUCUUCCGGUAUGCAGAUGGCGUCGACAUGUUGUUGAUGUUGUUGGGGACUUUGGGCAGCAUUGGAGAUGGGUUGCAGACCCCUCUGACGAUGUUCAUUCUAAGCGAUGUGAUCAAUGACUACGGAGUUAAGGAUAACUCUUUGACAAACGAUAUUGUAGACAAGCAUGCACUUAGGCUGCUCUAUGCUGCGAUUGGAGUUGGACUUUCCGCUUUUGUGGAGGGGCUAUGUUGGGCAAGAACUGCCGAGAGACAGUCCUCUCGGAUGAGAAUGGAAUACCUGAAAUCUGUCCUUAGACAAGACGUUGCUUUCUUUGAUACUCAAAGUGCUGGUGCUUCAACAACUAGCCAAGUUGUGACGCUACUCUCCUCGGACGCUAAUUCAAUCCAAGUUGCUUUAUGUGAGAAGAUACCUGAUUGCCUUGCUUACAUGUCGACUUUCUUUUUCUGCCACAUAUUCGCGUUCAUACUUUCAUGGAGACUUACACUCGCAGCUAUACCACUCUCAAUCAUGUUCAUUGCUCCAGGACUUGUGUUCGGAAAUAUCAUGAUGGGCCUGGUAAUGAAAAUGAUUGAAUCUUAUGGAGUAGCUGGAGGGAUUGCAGAGCAAGCAAUUUCUUCAAUAAGAACUGUAUAUUCUUAUGUGGGAGAGUGUCAGACACUGGAAAAAUUCGGCCGUGCACUUCAGACAUCUUUGGAAUUUGGAGUAAAAUUAGGAUUUGUGAAAGGUGUUCUGUUGGGGAGCAUGGGAAUUAUAUACGUAGGUUGGGGUUUUCAGGCUUGGGUGGGUACUUAUUUAAUUUCUGAAAAAAAAGAACAGGGCGGCCAUGUAUUCGUAGCUGGGUUUAACGUGCUCAUGGGAGGAUUGAGUGUUUUGAGUGCACUCCCAAAUCUAACUGGGAUUACAGAGGCAAAAACUGCUGCCUCCCGGAUUUCCGAGAUGAUUGAUCGAGUUCCUGCGAUAGACUUGGAAGAUAAAAAGGGAAGGGCUUUGUCACAUGUGAGAGGAGAAAUUGAAUUCAAAGACAUAUAUUUUAGUUAUCCAUCAAGACCUGAUACGCCGGUCUUACAAGACUUCAAUCUUAAAAUCCCAGCUGGUAAAAGAGUAGGUCUUGGGGGCAGUGGUUCUGGGAAGUCCACAGUCAUUGCACUGCUUGAAAGAUUUUACGACCCCAGUGAAGGAGAAAUAAUCCUGGAUGGAUACAAAAUAAGUAGACUUCAGCUGAAAUGGUUGAGAUCCCAACUGGGCCUGGUAAAUCAGGAACCUGUUCUAUUUGCAACAUCCAUUAAAGAGAAUAUACUAUUUGGGAAAGAAGGAGCUUCUAUGGACAGUGUCAUAGACGCAGCCAAAACAGCAAAUGCGCAUGACUUCAUCACCAAGUUACCAGACGGAUAUGAAACUCAAGUUGGCCAAUUUGGAUUUCAAUUGUCUGGAGGUCAAAAGCAACGAAUUGCAAUAGCGAGAGCUCUACUCAGGGAACCAAGAAUCCUGCUGCUCGAUGAAGCCACUAGUGCUCUCGAUGCACAGUCUGAAAGGAUGGUGCAGGAGGCAAUUGAUCGGGCAUCAAAAGGGAGGACAACAAUCAUCAUUGCUCACCGCCUGUCAACGAUCAGGACAGCGAACUUGAUUGUGGUUCUUCAAGCUGGCAGAGUAAUUGAGUCAGGUUCGCACAAUGAACUGAUGCAAAUGAAUGAUGGACAGGGUGGUGAAUAUUUCCAGAUGGUCCAGUUGCAGCAGGUGGCAAUGCAAAAUGAAGCUCCCAACACUCCCAGUUCAGUAGAUGGAAGAAGCCAUCAUAAAAUGAGCAUCCCUCCCAGCCCAAUCAGUGUGAGAUCAAGCACUCACAGUAGUCCAUUGUUAUAUCCCUUCAGCCAGGCAUUUUCCAUGGGCACACCCUAUUCCUACUCCAUCCAAAAUGACCUUGAUGAUGAUUGUGAUGAAGAAUAUUUCAAAAAAUCUAGCCAUGCUCCUUCUCAGUGGCGUUUACUGAAAAUGAACACACCUGAGUGGGGAAAAGCUGUGUUAGGAUGCCUGGGAGCCUUAGGUUCCGGAGCAGUACAACCCAUAAAUGCCUACUGUGUGGGAUUACUUAUAUCAGUCUAUUUCCUCUCCGAAUCCGAAAUGAAGUCCAAGUCCAGAGUCUUGUCACUUGUUUUCUUAGGUAUUGGCGUUUUCAACUUUUUCACCAAUAUCCUCCAACAUUACAAUUUUGCAAUUAUGGGAGAAAGGUUGACGAAAAGAGUACGGGAAAAUCUACUAGAAAAACUGAUGACCUUUGAGAUCGGGUGGUUUGAUCAAGAUGAGAACACAAGUGCAGCCAUUUGUGCAAGGUUAGCCACUGAAGCAAACAUGGUUCGGUCGCUUGUUGGGGACAGGAUGUCAUUGCUGGUCCAAACAAUUUUUGGGGCUGCCUUUGCUUACAUACUAGGUCUUGUGCUCACAUGGAAGCUAUCCCUUGUAAUGAUUUCUGUGCAGCCACUAGUCAUUGGGAGUUUUUACUCGAGGAGUGUCUUGAUGAAGAAUAUGGCUGAGAAAGCCCGGAAAGCACAGAAGGAAGGAAGCCAACUAGCAAGCGAAGCAGUCAUUAACCAUAGAACUAUAACUGCUUUCUCUUCUCAAAAAAGAAUAUUGGGGCUCUUUGGAUCAACCUUAGAAGGUCCUAGGAAGGCUAGUGUUAAACAGUCCUGGGUUUCGGGUUUUGGCCUGUUUAGCUCCCAAUUUUUUAACACAGCUUCAACAGCUUUAGCUUUCUGGUAUGGUGGGAGGCUCCUGACUCAACGAGAAAUGGAACCUAGGCCUCUUUUUCAAGCAUUUUUUAUAUUGCUAUUCACCGCUUAUAUUAUCGCUGAAGCAGGGAGCAUGACUAAUGAUUUAUCUAAAGGAAGCAGAGCCAUUCAAUCAGUUUUGGCUAUCCUUGACAGGAGAAGUGAGAUUGAUCCAGACAGCAAAUGGGGUCUAGACAUUAAAAGGAGAAUACAGGGGCGUAUCGAGCUUAAGAAUGUUUUCUUUUCAUAUCCAACAAGACCUGAUCAAAUGAUCUUUAAGGGCCUGUGCCUUAAGAUUGAUGCAGGGAGAACAGUGGCACUGGUGGGGCAGAGUGGUUCUGGAAAAUCUACCAUCAUCGGGCUUAUUGAGAGGUUUUAUGAUCCUCUAAAUGGAUCCAUCCAUAUAGAUGAACAGGAAAUUAAGAGCUAUAAUUUGAGAAUGUUGAGGUCGCAUAUUGCAUUAGUCAGUCAGGAGCCAACUCUUUUUGCUGGAACCAUACGCGAAAACAUUGUCUAUGGAAAAGAGAAUGCUACAGAAUCUGAGAUAAGAAAAGCUGCAGUUCUUGCCAAUGCUCAUGAAUUUAUAAGUGGAAUGAACGAUGGGUAUGAAACAAACUGUGGAGAAAGAGGAAGUCAGCUAUCAGGAGGUCAGAAGCAAAGGAUAGCACUAGCACGUGCAAUACUAAAGAACCCUUCAAUCCUUCUGUUGGAUGAAGCAACCAGUGCACUGGAUAGUGUGUCAGAGAACCUAGUUCAAGAGGCGCUUGAGAAGAUGAUGGAUGGAAGGACAUGUGUAAUUGUUGCUCACCGCCUGUCUACAAUACAGAAAGCCAACACCAUUGCUGUGAUAAAGAAUGGAAAGGUUGUGGAACAAGGAUCUCACAAUGACCUUGUUUCCUUGGGUCCUGGUGGAGCAUACUUCUCUCUGAUAAAACUAGGCGGCAGCUCCCCUAGCGGGUGAACCAGAUCAAUUUUGAUUUGUGAUUAGACAUUAAGAGUGUUGUAUACCAUUACUCUUUCUCAGAAGACAAAGCUAGUCAUCUAAGUUUUGUUGUGAUUAUAUGGCGAGGAUUCUAGCAUUACACUGUUCCAAUUCUUAUGUUAAAUUGAUUAUAUUCAGACUUGACAAAUAA